GGACGACCUACAACUCAGUCUGCAGGUCUUUGACUUAGGCCCAUUCUUCUUUCAUACGAGUCCAUUGAAUUCUCACCACAUCAUACGUGGCCACAGACAAUGGCAAGCUUGCGAACCUUCCGAUCCCUUGCGCGGCCUAUCGCCGCCAGGUCAUGGCGACCAGCCGUGACGCUUCCCCCAAUCCAGUCUCGCCUGCACUCGUCCAAGCACCCCAAGGGCUUUGAGGCGCCGACGGGCGAGGAGCUCGAGGAACUACGGGAGCGGGUACAAGAGUUUACGCGCCGAGAGAUCACAGAGGAGGUCGCAGCGCACACAGACAAGAGCAAUGCGUUCCCGCACGAGAUGUGGCAAAAGAUGGGCGAUGCUGGCUUCCUCGGCAUCACGGCAGACGAGGAUGUCGGCGGACUGGGUAUGGGCUACCAGGCACACUGUGUAGUCAUGGAGGAAAUCUCGCGGGCGUCUGGGUCCAUUGGCCUCAGCUACGCGGCUCACUCGCAGCUCUGCGUCAACCAGCUCCAGCUCAACGGCUCGCCGGAGCAGAAGCAGAAGUACCUGCCGGGCCUCAUCGCGGGCACGCAGGUGGGUGCCUUGGCCAUGUCUGAGUCCGGGGCCGGCAGUGAUGUGGUCAGCAUGAGGACGACGGCGCGGGCAGUGGAUGGCGGCUACGCGCUCAAUGGAUCCAAGAUGUGGAUCACCAACGGGCCCGACGCAGACUUGAUCGUGGUGUACGCGAAGACGGAGCCGGAUAAGGGCUCGAAGGGCAUCACGGCGUUUCUGGUACCAACUAAGUCCGAGGGCUUCAGCUGCGCGCGAAAGCUGGACAAGAUGGGCAUGCGCGGCAGCAACACCGGUGAGCUCAUGUUCGACUCGGUCUUUGUGCCAGCAGAGAACGUACUGGGAAAGAUAAACGGCGGCGUGCGAGUUCUAAUGGAAGGUUUGGAUCUGGAGCGGUUGGUGCUGAGCGCUGGUCCGAUCGGCCUGAUGCAGUCGGCGCUCGACGUCACGCUUCCGUUUACCCACCAGCGCAAGCAGUUUGGACAGCCCAUUGCACACAACCAGCUUGUGCAGGGCCGACUGGCUGACAUGUACACGAAACUGCAGGCGUCGCGGUCUUACACAUACGCGACGGCCAGGGCUGUGGACGAGAAUGGGCUUGUCCGCACGCAGGACUGCGCGGGUGCCAUUUUGUACGCGGCUGAGCGAGCGACGGAGUGCACGCUGGACUGUAUCCAGCUGCUAGGCGGGAUGGGUUAUGUGGAGGAAAUGCCUGCAUCACGGUUGCUUCGGGACGCCAAACUGUACGAGAUUGGUGCCGGCACUUCUGAGAUUAGACGGAUGGUGAUCGGAAGGGCAUUCAACAAGGAGUACGCGGACGCCUGAGCGAGAAUGGAUAGCAAUGGAUGCAAUGUUGAGAUACGCGGCGUGCGGCAUGGGGGCGACCGCGGAGACUACUAAAGUCCAUGGGGGCCACGGGUGAGAUUGCGGACGAAACUGAUCAUCGGUGAGCCACGGUGAGGAGGUGUUGGCGGUGUGACCAGCGUCUCACAGUCAAGGAAAUCUGUUCUGGAUCUUGUUGAGGGAAGGAUUGUGUGGAAAGGGAUAGAAUACGGGCAGUGGUAGAUACACGGUCUGAGGUAUGAAUAGUUGCUGUAGGAGAGUCCGAGAGAAGCCCUAACAAAACAACCAACCCAAGAGGACGGCACAAUCAGUCACACCUAGUCGCAGUCGCAGGUUUAGUUCAGCAAAUCAAAUCACUACGCACCACGGAAACUGCAGACCAAGCAACAGGGCCAGCAC